AUGGUGUCGACCGCUGUCAGCCCUCUACCGCCGCAUCGCGAGCCUCCGAGACCACCUCCACCCGCGGUUGCAGAAGCCGAGCAACAAUGGAUAUUCACAGAAGAAGAGCUGUUGCAAGCGCCGUCAAUAGCUGACGGUAUGCCGGCUGAAGAAGAGCGGACAUUGCGGCGGAAGGGCGUGAGCUUUAUUCUACAAGUGGGCAUGAUGCUGAAACUACCACAAACGACACUCAGUACUGCCGCCGUGUUCUUCAACAGGUACCUGAUGAGGAUGAGUUUGAAACCACGGCAGGGGUAUAAGCCAUUACACCACUAUCAAAUCGCUGCGACUGCGCUAUUCCUUGCAACAAAAGUCGAAGAGAACUGCCGCAAGAUGAAGGAGCUCGUCGUAUCAUGCGUCCGCGUCGCACUCAAGGACCCCAACAAGCUCGUCGACGAGCAAACAAAGGACUUUUGGAAAUGGCGGGAUACGAUCCUGUACAGCGAAGACGUCCUUCUGGAAAGCCUGUGCUUCGAUCUCAACGUGGAGUCGCCAUUCAAAACAAUGUACGACAUGAUGAAGUAUUACGCCGUGGAGCACAAUAAGAAGCUGCGAAACUCCGCCUGGGCUUUCUUGUCCGACUCUACGUCUACACAAAUGUGCCUGCUGUUCACAUCAAGGACGAUUGCGGCGGCGUCUCUGUACGCCGGCGCACGGAUGGCGGAAGUUAGCCUAGGAGAGGAUGAUGGGCAACCGUGGUGGGAGGUUCAGCACGUCACGCUACGCGAUAUUAGGAGAGCGUGUAAUCUCAUGGCGGAUCUGUACGAGAAGUCGCCAGACAAGGACGGAGAGCCCUCCAUGUAUGCCGGCCUACGGACGCCCGAGGACGGUAUCGAUUUCGGACAUACUCCGAGCAUGGAAGGCAUGCCAAGUACGGUCCCAGAGCAGACGCAAAGUCAAAGCCAAAGCCAACCCCUGGCUAACGGCACUGGAACUGGCGGUGCGACAGAAAGGGGAAGCGAAGAGGGCGAAUUAGAUGGCUAG